GGAUACCCGCCCGCCCAAAAAGGCCCCUAUUUAGAUGAGGUUGUGCGUGGGUGCAUCGUAUUGAGCUCUCAAGCGAGCGGUUGAGGAAGAGAUAGCGGAUUUGGUAACUAGGGUUUUGCCGGGAGAAUCCAUUCGGAGAUUGGGCAUGGAAGGAUUGUCGUUUGAAGAUCAAAAAGCUCAGAGAUUCGGGAGCGAUCCUCCCUUUUCCCAGACGAAAGAUGUUCCUCCCGCUGAUAUGCCAUUUUCUUUUAAGCAUGAUGCCGGUUCAUAUAAUACUAUGAUAUCUCCUUCUGAAAUAUUGGAUGCUGAGAUUGCAUCUAAUCCAAUCUAUCGUGCUAUUUGUGUGGCCACAUGUGAAAAACAAUUAGAGGAUCUUAAGCCGCGUUUGGAAGAGCUUCCGAAGGGCUUGCCUUGUUUUAGAGCCAAAUUGCACGAAGAAUAUGAAAAGGCAAUGAAGGCUCUGGAAUCCAAGGACCGGGCUUCAACAAUUACACAUUUCAAAAAGGUUGAUUAUUGGGCAGAGAAGGCAGUACAUGUAUUUGACACGCUGGAGUGUGUAAAGAUUUCUAUAAGAGUUUGCACAGAUGACCUUGAAAAAUACAAAUCAGAGUUUCAGGAAGACAAGAGGAGGAAGACCGAGCUAGAUGUCAUUCAGUCUGGGUGAUGAUGUUUGGUUUCCUUAUUCUGCUUCCAUCUUUAGACAUACUACGCCUGUCUAAUUUAUGAACCGUAGCCUUUUUCGUGAACUGAAUUUUCUGCCCCUAGCCCCUCUUCUUAUGUAUGGAGUACCUAAGAUGAAUUGUGUUUUAUUUGGGACGAUACGUGUCUAUCCCUCUAUGAAGAUAAACUAUACAUAUUAAUAAUUCUCAAUUUUAUUG